AUGGAAGACAUUGAAAGUAAUCCUGAUAUAAUAGAAGCUGACCUGGAUAUAACUCCUGUAAUGUCUACAGAUUAUCAAAUUGAAGUGGAUGAAUCGAAAGAUAAAGUGGGUGAAUUACCAAUGAAUAAGAAUAAGAAUAAAUAUGUCACACAUAAUUACUCGGAAAACCCAAACUCUCCAAUAAUAUUUGAAAAGUUAACUGACUCAGUUACGUCUCUUGAUAAGAUGCCAAAAGAUGAACGUUCAUCUAUUGAUAUUAAAUCGGAAUCUAAUAUUAUAAAAGACUUUACUAUAAUAGCUUAUUCGCCUGGAAAUAAAUUUAUUGCUGGUUGGUGUAAUGAUGAUGGAAUUUUGGCGGUUUGGUCUUUAGUAAAUGACAAUGGUAAUAACGAUGGUAAUGUUAGUGAUUCUCGUCCAAUGUUUAUUGAAAAGACUAGUUUCAAUAAAUCAAAUACUCAAGAUUCUGAAAUUUUUCUCUCGGUUUCUGAGGAUGGAAAUUUUGUUGCCAUCUCAAGAAUGAAAAUUAUUUCUGUUACUGAUACAGAAUCACCAGACAUGGAUUCCGAACGAAACUUGGGUUUAAAUAUGCCAGAAGAAACUGUAAAAUUAAUGUCAACUCCCCAAACAUCUUUUACUGUUUACUCAACUUCUCCAAAUUCCCCUCGUAAUUAUACUGGCUUAAUUGAUCUUGAAACUAUUGAAAUAUUAGGUCCUUUAAUAUUUAUUCAUGAUUCAAGAUUUGUUAUUUUUACCAGACAUAAUUUAUACAUAUUUUCCACAAUACUUGGAAUACCUAUUUAUAGUGUUUACUUGGGUUUAUUAAUUAAAUCCGUUCCUGGAUAUAAUCAUGAUGAUAAUUUAUUUUUAAUAGAUUGUUACAAAUUGCUUUCAACUAGUUUAAAAACUGGCUUGGGUUACAUGCUUUGGCAAGAAAAAGAUGGUCUAAGUGUUUGGGAUUUGAAUGGUGUGUUAAAACAAUGGUUUUAUGUGGAUCCAAAAAACUCUUCACCUAAAGAUAGUCUAAAUGCCAUUUCUGAAUCUGGUGAAUUGGUGGCAAGACUAGAAAUUGACACGCCAAAGACAGUAUUCUUUAUUGCAUUCUUGAGUAAACGUGAUCACAUCGUUGUUUGUUCAACGAAUGGUGACAAUGUUAGAGUUCAAUUGUGGGCUUGUUGGAGUGGAAAAUUGAUUAAAGAAGACGACCAUCCAUACAUUGAUAAAGAUCAACCUCUCAUUUUUGCCGAUGAUCAAUUUGUCCACGCGACUGGAAAUAAAAUUGUAAAAUAUCCUUUGUUUCCUGAUAAAACUGAGAAAAAUUAUCGAAUAACCAUCAAACAAUUAUCUUGUGGACAACAAUGUUCUCCUGUAAGCAAAAGGUUUGACUUAGAUUCAUUGCUCGACUCAAGUUUAGGACAUCCCGUAUGUUCGAUUUUAAUUCAUAAAAAAGAAAAAGUAUAUUGUAGAUUUAAAUUUGAACCUUGGAGGAAGUGGAUAUCACCUAAUCUAUUUAUGCAAUGGUUGGAUGAAGAUGGAAAUCGAUUUUUAUUGGCAGGAAAUGAUAGCAUUCAGAUAUACAAAACAAAACCGAAAGGUCAAAUUCUGAAAGUUGAAUUACAAUAUAUAUGGACGGUUCCAUAUUAUAAAGAAGCUGAUAUCAAAUACAUGUCCUUGGAAAUUUUGGAACCUCUGCAAGAUGAUGUAAAUGAUGAUCAUGAGCCAUCAUAUCGUCUUAAAGUGCAACUUACAAAUUCUGAGACAAUAAUUAUUUCACUUCCAAAGGCAAAUGAUAAGUUUACAUAUCAAAUUUUAAUAGAUGCGUGCAUGUCCGCAAAUCUUAUGCGUCUUCUUUUUGGUGAAGAUCCAUCAUACGUCUCGCGUUUUGAUAUUCAUGCUCAAUUAAAAAAAUUAAUUCAAAAUUCAAUCGAUAAAUUUCCAUCAGCAUUUAAUAAAAUAUCUUUGGGUGAUGGUCAAUACAUAUAUCCCAUGGAAGACUUUAUAUUAUUUGAAUGGGAUGACAUAGUCAAAGCAAUUUUAAACAACGAAAAAUAUAUUCCAUUAUUUCAUAAUGACGAACAAACUGAAAGUGCUUUAGCUUUGUUGAUUGAACUUCAAAAAUCUGACCUUCUUGAUCAGUUGAUUUCUUAUAUAAUACGUCACGUACGUGAUCGUUAUACACCACCGAAUAGUAACCAUAGUAACUCGAGACCGUCAUCAGUCAUUUCAGUGCAAGAUAUUUCAAUAGCGAGAAUUCAACAACCCGGAUUCGCAUGGACAGUCGGAGCUGCGUUAUUAGAUUUAUAUCGAUAUUAUCCGGAUAAAGGUUCUAAAAUAUUGAGAGAAUGGAGCCAUCUUACAACUUCUUUGGAGACACCCACUCGAAUUUUACGAACGAAUUUAGGGAAUCCAUUGAAAACUGAAGAAAGGAGCUUUCAUCCAGAGUUAAAAACUGUCUCUCGAAAUGCACAUCUACCAAAAGAGAUUUCAGUUCAUCAAUCAAUAUGGAAAUUGAUUGUUUCCAAACUUUUUUGUAAUAUAUUCCAUAAAAGAAAUGAUACUAUUAUCUCCACAACCACAACCACUACUGCUACUUUUGCACCAUCUGAUAGAUUCAAUGCUGGUUCAUCAGUGUUCACUAUAAAUGUUAUUAGUGACGAUAAAAAAGAUUUUCAACAAAUUCAUGUGCAUCGAAAACGUCAACGUCGACAACGAUUAAGCACUGUUCAGAAAUCUCACCCGGCAAAACUUUGCGUCGUUCCAUUGCCAGAUUUUUGUGUCUAUCCUGCACCUCCAGAGAUUAAUAAGAAUGCUUCUAUUCAAGAAUACAUAAAAAAACUUUGGGCAACAUACGUUUCGCCUAAGAGACUUAGUCCUUAUGCUGAAGCCGCAAUACACGGACCGUUAGAAAUGUUUAGUGAGGUUUCUAUGGAGGCCAUUAUCAAAUUCAAAUGGUAA